AUCCGGCAAGUUGCUGGCGGUCUUGGAUGUUGCUGGUUUGUGUGCGCUGAGGCAGGGUCGAAGCAGCCGGUCGCCGCCAGAGCAGCCCUUCGGGCCACUCGAGGACUGAGGCUGGCCGAGGCAGAGUGAAUUGGCUAAGUAGUAAGCAUUAAUAAUGUCUUUCAUCUUUGAGUGGAUCUACAAUGGCUUCAGCAGUGUGCUCCAGUUCCUAGGGCUCUACAAGAAAUCUGGAAAACUUGUGUUCUUGGGUUUGGACAAUGCAGGCAAAACCACUCUUCUACACAUGCUCAAAGAUGAUAGAUUGGGCCAACAUGUUCCAACACUACAUCCGACAUCAGAAGAGCUGACAAUUGCUGGAAUGACUUUUACAACUUUUGAUCUUGGUGGGCAUGAGCAAGCACGUCGGGUUUGGAAAAACUACCUUCCAGCAAUUAAUGGAAUUGUCUUCCUGGUGGAUUGUGCAGAUCACUCUCGUCUCAUGGAAUCCAAAGUUGAGCUUAAUGCUUUAAUGACUGAUGAAACAAUAUCCAAUGUGCCAAUCCUUAUCUUGGGUAACAAAAUUGACAGAGCAGAUGCAAUCAGUGAAGAAAAACUCCGUGAGAUAUUUGGGCUUUAUGGACAGACCACAGGAAAGGGGAACGUGACCCUGAAGGAACUGAACGCCCGCCCCAUGGAAGUGUUCAUGUGCAGUGUGCUCAAGAGGCAAGGCUAUGGCGAAGGUUUCCGCUGGCUCUCCCAGUAUAUUGACUGAUGUUUGGACAGUGAAAAUAAACAAGUUUUACUUCUCUGGACUGAUCCUAUUCACAGCUUCCUCAUGAACUUUUCUAAUAGAACAAGGAAAGCUCUCCACCCGUGUUUGGCGUUGAGAAGCCAGGAGUCUCUGUCGGCUCUCUCAUCGCCCAGUGGUGACAUGUGCUCUUCUCCACACUGUUGGGAGGUAAUGCUGCCCCACGUGCUGGUGCAGGUCAGCAUCCCGGGACUUGGAAGCUGGCAGGAUUUGCCGGGUAGAGCUGUGUGCCAUCGUGGGGCACCUGAAAAGAAAAACACGUCUCACCACUGUGGUUGAUUUGAAAAGAAAGUGAUUCUAUUUUUUAAAGAAAGUAUUGUUAAUGUAAUUGGUGUCCCUCCUGACUUUUUGAGUUCACAAUUCACUUGGUCCAGAGUUUUCUAUUCUUUUUUUUUUUUUUUUUAAAUCUAGUGAAUGGCAUUUAGAUAUUCAUACAUUUAGAUAUUCAUAAAAUUAUGAACAGAUACACGUUGGAGGCCAGAGCUCAGCCAGGUGAUCUUACUCCUGUUGAAUUAGCGGGUUGGUGCGGGGAGCCCCCAAGUUCACCCGUCUCUCUGCCUGCCUUCCGGUAGGUGGCGUGACUGUGCACAGGUAACUAGAAGAGCGGCAGCGCCCUGGCCUUGCAGUUGCAGCAGGUUUCCACAGUGGCGAGCUAGGGGCAUUGCUCACCAUGGAGUGUAUAGCUGAUGGUUCACUGAGGAGGAGUUAAUCAUAGAGUGGGGUAUCAUUGUUUGUACUUCUAACGUUACAGAUUUCAGCCAGUGUUUGCUUUCAUACCGUUGUGAAAUUUCACUCCUGCCUCUAGCACCUUCCUUUUUUAUUUUCAGUUAUAAAAAGUGACUUUUGCCUCAUAAAAGAGUUGAGAUUAAUUUCAAGUUUCUUGUGUUGCAUACUGCAGAUGUGUCUCAGUUAACUUUUUGCACAGAUUCUAGUGGGGAGGUUUUUCUGACUAGGAGAAUCACACCAAACAAAGUUAACAGCUUGAGGGCUCUUAAUUCUAUAAGCUGAGAACUUAAAAUGUGGUAUUGUAACACAUUUUUUAAUCUAGGAAAGAUUUACUCAGCUGGGCUUUAAAAUUUCCACUUCCAGAAUUUGGUCUCUUUAUUGCACUGUUCCUGAAUGCUGUCUUUUUCUUAACAUCUUUUUCUCUUUAUCAGUUAUCUAUUUGUGUGUGUGUUUAAAGGUUAACAUCUGUAGCUUUUCCAGAUAUAUAUAUUUUUUAGUUUGGUAUGAAAUUGCCCUUUCUCCAAAUCCAGAAGUAAACUGGGGAAAAAACUAAUCAAAGAACUUUGUGUAGGGCUGUUUCUUUUGAGCCAGCAUCACUUACUGUCAGAUAGUAAACACUCAGCGUAAGAGUAUCAGCAUCGCCAGUAGUGUGCCUGAGGGUUGUUUUUAUAGCAUUCCAUUUCUCUUAGUGCCAUGUGUGAAAUUGGAUUUUCAUAAUCUUAACCUGUAUCCCACCCUUGGAGUGAAAGAUGAAAGGGUAGGAGAUGGUCUUAAGGCGAGAAGUAAUUUUUUCAGAAUUGGAAAUUGUGAUGAUGUUGCUUAUCUGAGAGGAUUGAAAAGUGGAUUCCUGCUUUUGGUGUGAGGGUAGGCAAAGUGUGGAUAACAUAUUCUGUGGAUGAGAAUCAUUCUUUAAUUGGAUUUCUCAUUCUUAGUCUUCAGUUUGACCUAUUGAGAAAGCAUACUUUUUCACUGCCAAGUACCAAAUGCAGAGAGUUGA